UUUUUUCAAAUGUGUUUAUACGUCGAAUGGAGCAACUUUCAACAGAAACGUUUGGUUUACAGUAGAAACCUUGGUGAGGCCGUAUGCUUUUGUAUGCUCCAAUAAAAAAAAAAUAGUGGUUGGGUCGCGUCCCUGCCCCAAUAGCUGCAUGCACCGAAAUCAAUUCCUGAUUCACCGAGGUAUAGUUUCUGUCAAAGCUUCCAUGAGUACAGCAGACCCGGAAAUUCUCGCUGCCCGUGCACGAUUGCGUGAAAGGAUAGGAUUAGGAACGCGCGUAGGUGGUAAAAAUAGCGCGAGACUACAACGGCGAGCCGUAGCUCAUAAAUCAGCCUAUGCGGAUGAUAAAAAAUUGCAAACCACUAUUAAACGAAUGGGUUUGUCUCAGUUGCCAGGUGUCGAUGAAGUAGCAAUGAUACGAAAAGAUGGAAAAGCUUUAUGUUUCAAUCAGCCAAAGGUUCAUGUCGCUAUCAACGCGAAUACAUUCAUUGUUACAGGAGCAGGUGAAGAGAAAACCGUAGAUCAGUUAUUGUCUUCUGUUCCAGAGUUAACCACAGACAUUCUUAAAAAAUUUGCAUCUGAAUGGCAAAAAAUGCAAGAAACAAACGCUGUCACCGAUACUCUCAAGUUAAAUUCUCCCAGUUCGAUACCAGUUUCAAAAAUAUCUGAUGUAGAUGAUUCUGAUGAAAUACCUGAUUUAGUCACCAAUUUCGAAGCGACAGCUUCAGUUGAAAAGUGUUCGUAAUCUCUUUUUUUCUAAAACAACCCAAUCACAAUAUUUUUAAUUUUCACAUACUUAAAUAAAAAAAAAAUUGGCUUGAAAAAAAAAAAAAAA